AUGGCUGCCACCGAUCCUAUUCACUCAUGGAUGUAUUUCCUGCAACGGGAUCCCAAAUUUGAGACUGAACGCGUCUACGAACUUAGACGGCAGAAGCCUACAAAGAAGAUCCCCCAGACCAACAUGCUGCUCGAAAAGGUGGACAACAUCGCCAUUCAUGAUGUCCGUCCUCGACUCGAACAGUGCUCUUUCGGCACUACUGGAUUCUUCCUCCUGGAUAUGGACACAGGAUUGGUUGCAGAAGACUUUGAUCAUCGCGAGAAGGUGAUAAAGUGCUUCCUUCCUCAGUUGGCAGCUGAAGUCAAGGACAGGCUCAAUGCCAGUAGGGUGCAGAUCUUUGACUACCAGCUUCGAAAGCGGAACCGAGACUUCCCGAUCAGCAAUGGAGAGGUUCACGUAGACGCUACUCCCGGUGAUAUCGAGCGGCUCAGACAUGGUCUCAACAAGGGCAGCUUUGAACGUGUGGACAACGUGCGCUGUCAGUUUGUCAAGUAUGUAUACGUCUUUUUUUUCGCGGAUCUCUAA